AUGGACGUGGUCCUUGUCUCCUCUCUGCUGGAGUCCCUGAAGGUCAGCGUGUGGCCCCCGGGGUCAGAGGUCUUCCUUGGUGAGAGCGUGCUGCUGCUCUGCACCGUGGAGUCCGGCUCCGGGUUCCAGUGGAGCUUCAGCUGGUCGGAGCCCGCCGCGACCCCUGACCCCCGGCACCGGGUCUCGGGCGCCAGCUACUCCAUCGCCGCGGUAACGAGGGAGGACGCGGGCCUGUACCACUGCCGGGCGGAGGGGCGGGGGAGCGGCGCCUCCUCCGUGGCGCUCCUCAGCCCGCCGGCCCGGCUCAGCGUGUCAGAGCGCCCCCCCUCCUCCCUCCUGACUCCCAGCAGCAGGCAGCUCUUCAGAGGGGAGGCCUUCACCGUGCGCUGCCCCCCGGGCUGGAGGCCGAAGACGAAGAGGAGCAAAGAAGAAGAAGAGCGCGCGCUCGCCGCCGACCAGCCUUUACCACCAGGGGGCGCUGCGGCAGGAGAAUGGGUGCUGACGGCCGCGGGCGGGGGGCUGUACUGGUGCGAGGGUGUGGGGGGGCGCAGCAACGCAGUCCACAUCGCAGUGAGCGAUGGGGGCGUCGUCCUGCAGACACCGGCCCUCCCCGUCGUUGAGGGCGACAAAGUCGUCUUGCGUUGUCGGUACCGGGCGGCCGAUGGCGGUGGAACAACCUUCUUUAGAAACGGAGUGGAGGUCGUGACCUUUGACUCAGUGGUGAACAUGACGAAGGAGAAGGUGAGGAUGGAGAAUAUAACGAUGGAGAAAGUGACGCGGGGAGACGAGGGCUUCUACAAGUGUGCGUCCCGGGACGGAAGCCUGGAGAGUCCGGAGAGCUGGUUGACAGUGAGACCUGAUCCAGGGUUAAACUCCACAUCCACAGAGGGCGCUGGAGGACCCUGGAAGUGGAUCAUUGUCUCCUGUGGAUUAUCUCUGCUCCUCGUUCCUCUGGUCGUGUGUCUGGUCCGUCACAACAGGUGUCGGGGGUGUCGGCCGUCCUCCACACAGAAGCUGCAGGGGGCGGAGCUACCUGUCACCAAGCAGGACGCGAGCGAGGUGCAGUGGGACCUGUCCUGGAUGGAGAUGUCCGACCUGUUGGACGACCACUUGUUCCCUGGAACCCAAAGGUCACGACUCACAGAAGGGGACUCAUUGUCUCAAAGUUGAUGUCCUGUCCUUCUUUUAAAGUUCUCUCUGAUGAAUCAGAGAAACGUAUGACCUAUUUACAUUAAACAUUAAACAGAUACAAACUUAGACAACAAUA